AUGCUCCUUAAUCUAGUGCCCAGGUUCCUCAGCAAGGAACAGCGCGCCCAGCUUGCCAUAGAAAAGCGGGCGCAGGAGAUUAAAGAGCAGCGGGAGAAGGACGAUCAAUCAAAGAGAGACCGAGAUCGUCUAGAACGGGAUGCUGAGGAGAUUCGCCAGAGGGAAAGGGAGCGAGACCGUGCUACCAGGUACGGCGGUGGCGGUCGAUACGACGACAGAUACGAUAGAGACAGAGAGAGGGAUAGGGACAGUAGGUAUGGACGACGAGACGCUCGAGAACGUGAUAGACGGCCCCAGGACGACCGCCGGUCUUCUUCAUACCAAGGUGUACCCACUGGCCCUCGCGCCGACCGCAGCAAGCCGCAGACAUCGUCAAAUUCCCCCGCACCGUCGUCAAUGCCUCCCCCACCUCCGCCUGGCUUCUCUUCGAACGAGGAAUCUGCUACUGCCGCUGCCUCCGAAGCUUACGUACCUCCCAUGACUGACAAUGAUCUUACCGCAAUCAGGUCACGGUAUCUCGGCGUCGAUAAGAAAAAACGAAAAAUUCGGAAGAUGAACGAUCGGAAGUUCGUCUUUGACUGGGAUGAGCAAGACGACACAUACAAUGCCGAAACGCCGGCUGCGAUUGGCAGUCAGCGACAAGGUGCACAGAUCAUGUUUGGGCGCGGACAUAUAGCUGGAAUGGAUGACGGAGCAGCAGCACCGGCGGGACGGAAAAGCAGUACCGAGGGUAUGCAACUAGCCGAUCCCUUGGAGAGGCGAAAGGCUGCCAAAUCGGGGCUGGACGAGAGACAUUGGACGGAGAAAUCGCUGGACGAGAUGAAGGAACGGGAUUGGCGCAUAUUCCGCGAAGACUUCAGUAUUGCCGCGAGAGGUGGACAAAUCCCGCAUCCACUCCGUUCAUGGACGGAAUCCAUCAUACCACAACAAAUUCUGGACGUCAUCGACAAGAUUGGAUACAAGGAGCCCUCGCCCAUUCAACGGCAAGCCAUCCCAAUCGGUUUGCAGAACCGAGACAUCAUUGGUAUCGCCGAGACGGGUUCUGGUAAGACAGCUGCCUUUGUCAUUCCUAUGCUGUCGUUCAUCUCGAAGUUACCCCCUUUCACGGACGACAACAGACAUUUGGGCCCAUAUUCUCUCAUUCUCGCACCUACCCGUGAAUUGGCUCAGCAAAUCGAGUCUGAGACGAAGAAAUUCGCGGGUCCGCUUGGAUUUACUUGUGUCUCUAUCGUUGGUGGGCGUUCCGUGGAAGAGCAACAGUUUAAUCUGCGUUCCGGCGCGGAAAUUAUCAUCGCCACGCCUGGUCGAUUGAAAGACGUUAUUGAACGGCACGUUAUUGUCCUCUCUCAAUGUCGUUACAUUGUCAUGGAUGAGGCCGAUCGGAUGGUGAAUCUUGGUUUUGAGGCAGACCUUACUUUCAUCCUGGAUAAGCUUCCCAGCGACACGAUGGAAGGCGAAGAUCAAGGUGAGCAGAUGGACGUCGACGGGGAAACGAUGGUCAAGCGUGGGCGUACUAGAGUGACAACUCUGUUCUCCGCAACUAUGCCGCCACCCGUCGAGCGCCUCGCCAAGAAAUAUUUGAAGCGACCUGCGAUUAUCACCAUUGGUGAGGCUGGAAGGGCUGUGGAUACGGUAGAACAGAAAGUCGAAUUUGUCAACGGGGACGAGAAGAAAAGGCAACGAAUGUUGGAGAUUCUUAACACCGGCGGAUAUGCUGCGCCCAUCAUUGUGUUCGUCAACCAGAAGAAGACUGCGGACGUGGUUGCUAAGGACCUCCAGCGCGCUGGCUGGAGCGCUGCAACGCUACACUCUGGGAAGAAUCAAGAGCAGCGAGAGGCGGCGUUGCAAUCGCUGCGUUCUGGCGACUCGGACAUCCUGGUUGCGACAGAUCUCGCUGGGCGUGGUAUUGAUGUGCAAGAUGUCAGCCUAGUCAUCAACUACCAAAUGUCGAGCACCAUCGAGGCUUAUGUGCACCGUAUCGGUCGUACUGGUCGUGCCGGAAAGCAAGGAACGGCAAUCACCCUUCUGACAAAUGACGACGAGGAAGUGAUGUACGAUCUCAGACAAGAAAUUUCAAAGAGCCCGGUAUCGAAGGUGCCAGUCGAGCUGGCGAAGCACGAGGCCGCUCAGCACAAAGUUUCGAAGGAGAUGAAGCGAAAGCGAGAUGCAGACGACCAAGGCUGA